AAGUUUUUAUAGCCCACACAGACAACGCUGAGCUGUGCGCUCCUCUGUAUCCUGCGCAGCCACAGCCCACAUCGUACAGGGGAGAAAGAAAGAGCGAGAGAGGGACGCAGAACUCGCGCGCGCCCCCAUGGCUGCGGCGGAGGGCAAGCUGGAGAGCCCUUUGCUGACAUCGCUGCAGCCGUCGGCGGGCAGCGGCGGCAGCGAUGGAGGGCACGGGGCGAGCCGGCAGCUGGAGAGCAUCCUGAGCGACGAGUCGGUGCCGUGGGGGCGGCGGAUGUGUGCGGCGACGGCGGUGGAGCUGCGGAUGCUGAUCCGGCUGGCGGCGCCCGCCGUGCUGGUCUACAUGAUCAACUACCUCAUGUCCAUGUCCACGCAGAUCUUCUCCGGCCACCUCGGCACGCUCGAGCUCGCCGCCGCCUCCCUCGGCAACACCGGAAUCCAGGUCUUCGCAUACGGACUCAUGCUGGGAAUGGGGAGCGCGGUGGAGACGCUGUGCGGGCAGGCGUACGGCGCGAGCAAGUUCGACAUGCUGGGCAUCUACAUGCAACGCUCCACGGUCCUGCUCAUGGCAACGGGCGUCCCGCUGGCGGUGCUCUACGCCUUCUCGCGCCCGAUCCUCGUCCUCCUGGGCGAGUCCCCCGAGAUCGCCCGCGCCGCGGCCAUCUUCGUCUACGGCCUCAUCCCGCAGAUCUUCGCCUACGCGGCAAACUUCCCCAUCCAGAAGUUCAUGCAGGCGCAGAGCAUCAUGGCGCCCAGCGCCUACAUCUCCGCCGCCACGCUCGCCGUCCAUCUCGUCCUCAGCUACCUCGUCGUCUACAAGUUUGGGCUGGGGCUCCUGGGCGCCUCGCUCAUGCUCAGCGUCAGCUGGUGGAUCAUUGUUAUCGCGCAGUUCGUCUACAUCGUCACCAGCAGCCGGUGCCGGCUCACAUGGACCGGGUUCUCCCUGCAGGCGUUUUCUGGUCUGCCCGAGUUCUUCAAGCUGUCGCUUGCCUCUGCCGUCAUGCUCUGCCUUGAGACUUGGUACUUCCAGAUCCUCGUGCUCAUUGCUGGCCUCCUCAAAGACCCCGAAAUGGCCCUCGCCUCCCUCUCUGUCUGCAUGACCAUUUCAGGCUGGGUCUUCAUGAUCUCAGUUGGAUUCAACGCAGCAGCCAGUGUGAGGGUGAGUAAUGAGCUUGGCGCCGGCAACCCCAAGUCUGCAGCCUUCUCCGUUGUGGUGGUGACGAUGCUGUCCUUCGUCCUGACUUCCAUAAUCUCAGUGGUCAUCCUGCUCUGCCGUGACUACAUCAGCUACAUCUACACUGACGGGGACGACGUGGCGCAGGCCGUGUCCAAGCUGACGCCACUGCUGGCGCUCACCCUUAUCCUCAACGGCAUCCAGCCGGUCCUCUCAGGUGUGGCCGUGGGCUGUGGGUGGCAAGCAUUCGUUGCCUACGUCAACGUCGGCUGCUACUAUGUUGUCGGAAUCCCCCUCGGAUGUCUCCUCGGCUUCUACUUUGACCUUGGCGCCGCGGGCAUAUGGAGCGGUAUGAUUGGAGGUACCUUGAUGCAGACCUUGAUCCUCGUGUGGGUUACCUUCAGGACAAACUGGAACAAAGAGGUGGCCGAAUCCAUGAAAAGACUGCACAAGUGGGAAGGCAAGACACCUCUAUUAGCAGGCCAAGAAUGAAACAAUGAUAAGAAUUUUAUGGUUGCAGUGAUAAGAAUUGUAUGGUUGCACCGACCAUUGGAUCAGCAGAGAUGGGACUCGGCAAUUCAGCAUCAAGCCGAUGUCCCUAAAAAAAUGUGUAAAUGCGAUAUUCUGUCAUGCAAUCCACCAUUGAAAUUUCAAAUUAUGUGUUACUCCGAAAUUUCAAAUUUCAACUUGCAGAGUACUUUAUUUCUGGCAUUCAUGGUGACGGUGACAAUCUUGUCAAUUUUUACAACUGAAAGUCUAUGUACGUGACCGAUAAGUGGUGCUGAGACCACUUUGUUUUAUGUAAGAGAUCUCGGGUUUGUUCAACCGAGGUAAAAACGAUCUUAGACAUAACUAAACAUAUUGAAUGAGGAGUACCAUGACAUAUUGUUACA